GCACACAGUCCACACACACACAGAACUUCUUUGACAGAUAUAAUACUUGUGUCACAGCUGAGUACGCAAGUGUAUGAAGCGGCCUGUUAAAAAUAUAUUUUUAUGUUUUCCAUUCGGAAUUAGUGAUAAUUGUGCUCUUCUCAUGUUCAAAACAACAAUAAGGAAUUUGUACGAAUUAACGAACGAAAACAAACAAUUUUUUUAAAAAAAAGUGACACAGCAUCAUCAUUGUAUAAUACUAAAUGCGUACAAAUUACGAUGAUGAGAAGUUAUGUAAAAAUAUCAUAAGUGCGGAAUAAUCGUCGACAAAAAUUUUGAGUUUUUUUGUGGUUUCGUUACAAAAUCUUCGUAGACUCUGCUUCUUUUCGGGAAAAGUGCAUUUCAUUAAAAAAAAAAUUAUAAUUUUGUGGAGUCUCCUCUUACUUGAAAGUAACAAGUGCUCCCGUGUGUGUUGUGAAUCUGAAUCAACUGAACCGAAAGAAAAUUAUGGAAAAACAAAUUCCUAGAACUCGUGGCUGUAUGUUUGCAUUAGCUUGUUCCAUUGGCAGCUUCAGUAUGGCCUGUGGCAAUGUUCUGUCGCUGAAUGCCUACAAUGAGAAAAUAUCGUUCCAGCGCGGAAUGUUUAUCACAUCGCUCGGUUUUGUCUAUUUUAUAUCGUUGACCGAUUUCUUUCGGAAAUAUUUUUUGGAAACAGCCAGUGGCAUUAAAUUUCGACAGAAAUAUCGAUUGAUGACUUCAGACAUUCUGGAUAUUACGAACAAAGCCGUUUCAGCGGUACAAGCAACCCUAUCUUGCUUAGCCGGAGCGAUAGUUUGUAAUUCUUCAUGCCGUAAAUCCUUUUUAACGGCGUCCCACUUCAUGUCAGACGCGUACGCUUGGUUUGGUACAGCAUAUUUUGUGUACGACAUGUGGUCCAUGUACACGGUACACAUUCAAAAAAUUGCGGACAAAUUGAAAUUGUUAAAUGAUAACAACGACAGUGUCGGUGGUAGCAAAGAAGUAAAUGGAUUGUACGACGAGAUAAAGAAGAACGGUAACGGAAAUGGGAGCUGUAACAAUUCCGCACAGAAGCCGGUUGUGUUUAAAGGACAACUGAAGCGUUUCAACAAAGUUCCAACGGAUACACCGUCUUUCCUUUAUUAUUGUCUAACGAAUCCGGUCAUGACGAUUCAUCACGUUUUUCUCGGUUCAUUCGGAUUACUAGUUAUAGUGUAUCUUCGCGGAAAUUUCGGUGACUGUGUCUACAGUUUUAUUUACAUGAUGGAAUUGUCAACGCCAUUCGUCAGUAUCCGAAGCAUACUGAGCACAAUAGGACUAAAGGAUUCUACUGCUUAUGUAAUCAAUGGACUCAUAAUGUUAGUAACAUUUUUCAUCUGCAGAGUACUAAUGUGGCCGUACGUCUAUUAUUGGUACAGUGGAUUGGUACAGAUGAGUGUGAUCCAAGCAAUUGCUUCCCUACCACUUGGUUGCAAAAUCGGAACAUUAAUACUGUUCCUACCACAGAUGUAUUGGUUUUAUUUGAUGGUACAAGGAGCCUUAAAGGUAUUUUUUCCGCCAGCAAAUAAAAAGACUGAUACCAAGGGUACCGAAUUUAGUUUAAACUCAGGAAAUAAUUUUGUUCUUCCGAACAAGAAAACCAUUUACAGUUCAACUACAAUAGUGAAGUAAAAAAAAACCGUUUAGCAUUGAAAAUAUAAAUUUUUUAAUUUUUUUUUUGAUUAAUCCGGUGAAUGUUUAUGUUAGAAUCGAACAACAUUCAAUAGAAAAUUAUAUAAUAGAGAAAAUGCAUAGCAUUGUAUUGAAUAGUCGAGUAUAUAGGUGUAUAACGAUGGCAAGUUAAUUUUUUUUUUUUAAAGAGAUAUUUUACUAACUGUAGCGACUAAUGCACGGUUUUUGAACACUCACAUUUUAUUGAAUCCAUGGGAAUAGUACAUUACUGUCCUGCAGGGACAUUUUUUUUUGUUAAGACGUGUGGGGAAGGUUGUAUUUCGAGCCGAAGACGCGAGGAUUGAGUCACAUACAUCUCAACAAAAAAUGUCCCAGCAAGACAGUUCGGUACUUUACAGAAGAUGCGAAUGACGCAUUUUCUGGCCGCAAGACAACAAAAGAUUAUUUUAAUUCCAGUGAAAUUAAUCGUAAAGCAAAUGCACCGCUUAAUAGGUCAAUGUACCGCUUACUGCGAUUAGUGUCAAGUUCGAAGAGAACAGGUUAAGGCAAUUUUGAAUUGAUCUCGAAGUCGUUCGUUUCCAUCCAAAAUAGUAUACAGUGUUUUUGGUCACAACUUCACCGUAGUAUCCAAAAUUGUCUAGUGGCGCCUUCACGAAUUUAGAAGACAAUUUUGUACUAAGGAUGCCUCCGAAAAGCGUAUUCGAACUCGGGUCCCAACUGCUUUCGUAGUUGUCUGAACCAGUUCUUUCAUAAUAUAAAGUUUUGAUGCAAACGAUGCUUUACUAAAAUGAUCACGAAAUUUAAAUCGAACAAAUCGAAUAGUGAAUAUAGAUAGGGUCGCUAUCUCGAUCUAUAGGGUCGAUAGAUUUACAAAUAAUAGUCUCAAAAAAUCAGAAUGAAAAAAAUUCCAAAAGCCAUCUUCAAUUUUGUGUUUUUAUUGUUUAUUUCGAUAAUCGGUUGCCUACCAACAUUUGUUUGAAUGCAUCAUUGAUACUGAAGUCGAUUAGUCGUAGAAGUAAAGAUUAGAAGAUUAGAAGGCAGUAUUGUAAUAUAUGUUAUCUUGUCUGGUUUUAUACGCUAAUUAUCGUAAGCCAGCCGAACAACAGUUUAACUGACCGAUAUUAUACAGAUUAAUGGAUAAUUGUAGAAACUUGGUGUGAAUAUUUAGACUUAUAUUGGGAACGGAUUGAGAACGUUCACCUGAACUAAAUGUUGUUGUAUUGUCAUUAGGUGUGGCGCUGAGACGCAAUCGUUAAACGAAGCAAGAACGCAAAGAAUUUAUAAUUUCUUAUCAAAUGAAAACUUCAGCAUAAAUGGACUAGAAGAUGUAAAUGUAUAACAGAACCGACCGCUUUGUAUACCAUGGUGGCUUCGUGUAUAAAACAAAAUAUUUUGAGAUUAUAAGUGUCAGCUUAGAGGUUCAGACGAUCUGAAAACGACUACACAACUGUUCCAACUGUGUAAAUAUUGACAUUUAAAGAUGUGUAUGUCAGAUACUAGCAAAGUUUCCGACUAGAAUCCGUUGUGUUCCAAACCACCAUUAGUAAUAUCUUUAGAUUUUGAGAUUUUUUUUUAAAAUGGCAGUUGUUGCAGGUAGCAUGAAAUAUAGAGGAACCUUGUCGAAGGAUUGAAAUAAUCAAAAUUUCUUUCGCGUCCAAUUUAGUUUUCCAGAAGUUUUUUUUUACUUUAAAAUGAUUCCUUAAGACAUACAGUACACACAAUAAAAUAGUCAAAAUAGUGACUUAUCUACCAAGGUUCAGGAGACGAAAAACACGAGAAAAUGUGUGCGAGCACAGCACUUCUCCUAGCAUUAACACUGAAAUGACAAGUGUCAAAUUUGGAGGCUUUAGUGAUAAGAGCUACCGCUUACGAUUGUUUGUAUUGUAUGUUUCCGAAUAUUUUUUUAUUUUCAUGCUAGUAGCAGGGCUGUGGUGCGAGAGAAUACCAUCACACGAAUCACGGUCGUUGAAACGUUUUUUUUUGCAAUUCAUGACGAAAACUAGCUAUUUCUAUGCAAAUGUUUUGUAAUUUAAGAUAAUUUUAAUCAAUCAAUCAAAAUAUUGAGUUCGAUCGUAUAACAGUCACAUAUAACUACAAUAGACACACAAAGUUAUAUGUUUACAGUCAAGAGUGUCAGAAAACUUUAUUGCACUGUUUAUCGAUGCGAGAAAAAGUUUCCCGUACGCUUCUUGCUGUCAAAAUCUGUUUUUUUGUACGAUGAAACAGACCUAUAUGAAGAGAACAACAAGAUAAAAUCCACCAAUGUUAAAAUGUUCGCCAUAUAAUGAAAAUCAGCUGUUGCUAGAUGUGCACAUCGAAAUAAGCUAUAGUUAUGUAUAUUGAAAACAGACGGGGGAAGAGUUUAUUUCGGUCACAGAAUUGCGAAAUACUCCGGGGAAACAAAGUUUCUUUCUCGUCUAAUUUGGUUUUCCAGACUUUUUUUUUUAAACAAUAAAAUGAUUCCUUGAGAUGCACACACAGUGAGCAUUCGAAAAAUAUGAAGAAAGAAACUCCGAAACGAAUGUUCUACGUAAAAAUAAAAUUAUGCGAAGCUUAGUAAGUAUUAGACAUUAAAAUGAUGCAUAAGACAAAAUAAGUUUACAUAGAAACAAGGAAACAACAACAACAAAAAGAAAAUUGUGAGAAAUUUUUUAUUAUGAAUGUUGCUUAUCAAAUAAAAAAUGAAAAUCCAAAGAUUAUAACCUUAAAUAUUUAGAGAAAAUCAAAUGUUUCCGAUUUGCUACGAUUGUUGUAUAGAAUAAAUUGUAUAUUUUUUAUAAAUGUUGAUUAUAAAAUGUCCAUAAUAAUGUAUUUUGUUGGGUAUAUAUUU